AUGCAAGGCGAUGAAGCUCGGUCAAGUGAAAUGCUUGCAUCCCUUCUCGGGCCCUGGGAGAUGCCUAUUGAUUUGCAACUUUUUAUGGCCACCUCAAUGCUUGAGUCAUUGGUCCGCUCAAAGAGCGAAAAGCUCUACUCUAACGACGAGCUGAAUAGCCUUAUUAACCCUAUGCUGGCCGUAGCCGAUGAAAAGAUCCGGGACAGAGCACGAGAGUUGCUCCGCUCGCUACAACGACCUCCCUACCGUAUGUUGCUCAACCUCGCUUUCAAGGAAAGCGAAACAUGGGGAACAGAAAUCGUGCCAAACCAGAAUGAAUUCAUAAAGAAGCAAGGUAAGCUCAGGAAUGCGGGCGCACACGCCCUAGGAAAUGGCGGAGAGUAUGACAUAAUGGUCGACCACUACUAUGCACAAAUAUUAAUCGCCUACGUAAUCAUCAUGAAAAGACUCGGCUUGGAUGAUGCGCUCGAACAAUUUGAGGAAUCAUCGUUUCUCGAGGCGCCUAGACAGCAAAUACGUGAGCGUUACGCCAUCGCUAAGACAAAAGAUACAACUGACACAGCCUAA